AUGGCUGAAAAUCCACCACCACCAGAAAGACUAUUAGGUGACUAUGGGAUGGCAAAUGCACUUGGUGGUAGGCUAACAAUUGUGAACCAACCGAUGAAUGUACCUAACUUUCAGCUGCAUCCUAGCAUCAUUAGUCAUCUUGAGAGGAGACCUUUUUCGAGAAAAAUCAACGAAGAUGCAAAUAAACAUCUACAAAGGUUUCUGACUAUGAGCACCACUCUAAAGAUAGAUGGGCACACUGAAGAAGCAAAAAAGUUGAGAAUGUUUCCUUUUACCUUAUCUGAAGAUGCAGAAGAAUGGUUUUACUCAUUAUCUGCUGGGAGUAUCACCACUUGGAAACAAAUGGAAACAACUUUUCUGCAAGAAUAUUUUCCAACUUUAGUUUUCCUCAAGAAAAGAUACGACAAUAUGAACUUCAAACAAAAAGAGGGUGAAUCACUUGGUGAUUCAUACAAGAGAUUCAGAAGGUUACUUGUUACUUGUCACACACACAACUUAUAUCAGACUGAGCAAAUUCAGAUGUUUGUCAAUGGUCUCCGAUUGAAGACAAAACAGUUUAUUAAUGUUGCAGUCGGUGGCUCAUCAAACUUUUUAACAGCCAUGGGUAUUAAAAAUAUUAUUGAGGCAAUAGCUACAAAUGAGCAUUUAGAGUUGUAUGAUAGGUGUUCAAGCAAAUUUGAAGGGGUUAUUGAUCUGAAGCUUGAAACAAAUAAGAUAAGGAUAGAAGACACAGUUGCUGCAGAAAUUGAAAAGAAACUUAAAGCAAUGAAUAUUGGUACACAACAGGUAGCUAAAAUUCAGUCGUCCCGGAAUGUUAGUUGUGAAAUUUGUGGCAGACCUCAUUUGACUGUAUAUUUUGUUGCAACUGCAAAACAAAUACAGGAGAUAAAUGUUUUGAGGAAGAACAACCCUUAUUCUAACACGCAUAAUCUAGGGUGGAAGAAUCAUCCUAACUUCUCCUGGAAGCAUCAGAAAUGGAAUGUUCAACAACAAGGUCAAGGUCAAUACCAAAAUCAGUUUCAACAACCACAACAACAACAAGCUACUAAGAAAGCAAGUUGA